UUGUUAGUAUCAUUCUUACAGACUCAUCGACAACAUCAAUAUAUAUUUUUUUUAAAAAAAGUUAUCUACUUGUUAACUUGUUUUUAUUGUCAAUUAAAAUAGGCUUUAGAUUUAUCGAAUACUUUUGAUAUUUUUGAUCCUAAUUUAGAGUAAAAUUAUCAAUAUUUUAUAUGAAUUUAUGGAAUUUUAAAAAAGUGAAAGAUCUGUGAUGUGUGUGUAUAUAUAGAAAAGUGUGAGACAUACCAAUAACCGAAACCGGAAAGAAAAAAAAAAAAAUUAUACAUACGUGAGCUUAUCAUUUAGUUGAAGAAAAAAAAUCUACACACUGUCUUGUCUUAGUCAUCUUCACAGUAAUAAUAAUUCUUAAAAAGAUAAAAAUGUAUAAAAUUGUGUGUGUGUUUGAUUAAAAAACAUUGUGAUACAAUUUUAAAAUUGUUUUUUCUUUUUUCUUCAGGAAGUUUGUGAUUAAAUGGGCAAAAAAUUUAUGAAAUAAUUUUUUUAAAAACUUUUAAAGUGUACUUAUGUAUUCUCUGGAACUUUUGUAUGAAUAAUAGAAUAUAUUUUUGUUCGUAUAAUUAUCUAAUGAUGAGGAAAAAAAAUUAAUUAUACAAAAAAGUAAUUGGAAUUUUGAGGGAUAGUCAUCAAAGCUGACAAUUUAAUAUAUUAUUUUGUCUUUUUUCCUUGGAGAAUAAUAUUCAUUUAAUUAAAUUAAAUUUAUCUUUUAAACAAACACACCUACCAAAUAUGAUUAAAUAAAAACUCAGCUCAAUUUCAUUAUUGUAUCAGUUGGUAGAAAUUUUUUUUAGACGACAGUUACACAUAAAAUUAUUCAAACAUUGUUUAUUAUUUAAAAAAAACAUUUGCAAUAAUUUUAUAAAUUUUAUUUGCAUAUAAAAAGAUUUAUGUCUGAAAAAAAAAAAAUUAUAAUUUAGAUAUACAAUUUUAUAAAAUUAAAUUAUUAUUUUUAGAUUCAUUUCUUUUUUUUUCGAAACAGUAUUUUUUUUUCUCUUCCAUCUGAAUCAGCAUCAUUUGCAAAAUUCACAUGAUGCUGUUUGUAAAAUUUUUAGUGUUUUUGAUAUAUUUAAAUAUAUGCAAAUGCCAUGAGAAUAUUGAUGUCACUGAAAUGAAAAUAAACGAGGAUAUAAUUUCGAAAAGAGUAGAAAAAGAUAUAGAAUUAUCAAAGCCAAAGAUAAAUUUAUGUUGUGAAAAAGAUGAAAUUUAUAAAAAACGUAAAUGUAAUAAAAUGAAUUCACUAAAAGAUAUGAAUUUUAAAAGUUUUAUAUUUCCAAAAAUAUAUUUUAAUAAAACAACUGUAUCUCAACUUGAUCCAUGGUUAAAUUUUGAUGUAAAAAAAAAUAAUCCAUGUAAUGAUGAUGUGUAUAAAUUAGAUGAAGGAAGUGGUGAAUUUUAUUUAUUUGAAAAUGGAACAGUAAUUAUAUUUGAAAAUAAUAAUCCACCUAAGAUUAAAAGUCACAAUGCUUUUUGUAUAACAAAUUUAUAUGACACAGAAAAAAAUGUUAGUUUAACAGCAAUUGCAGUUUGUUUUGAACCUCAAACUGAUGAUGUACUGGAAAAGUUUAAUAUUUCAAUACCACUUGCAAUGAUAAUGUCAAUUAUAUUUUUAAUUAUGACAUUUUUUGUGUACUCAGUUUUACCUGAGCUUCGAAAUAUUCAUGGUAAAACUGUUAUGUCAUACAGUGCUUGUCUUUGUAUUUCAUAUUUGACAAUAGUCAUUGUACAAUUUGGAGGAAAAUAUGUCUUUGACAAUAUUAUAUUCUGCAAAAUAAAUGCAUUUUCAAUAUAUUUUUCAUUUUUGGCGAGUUUUUUUUGGCUAAAUGUCAUGUGUUUCGACAUCUGGUGGACCUUCGGAGGAUUACGUUCAUUACCAGGAAGUGUAAAACAACGUGAAAAAAAAAAAUUUAUUUAUUAUUCACUAUAUGCAUGGGGAUUAGCAUCAAUAUUAACUGGUAUUUGUCUCAUUGCGGAUUUAGUACCUGGAUUACCAAAUUAUUUAAUAAAACCAAAAUUUGGAAAUCAAAAAUGUUGGUUUGUUGAUGAAGUAUCAAAAGCAGUUUAUUUUUAUGGACCAAUGGGUAUAACUGUUAUUUGUAAUAUAAUAUUAUUCAUAUCAACUGCAUUAAAAAUAAGACAACAUAAAAAAAAUACAUCUAAACAAUUGGGAGGAAUGGAUAGUCGUAGACAUGAUGCCAACAAACAAUGGUUUAAUUUGUAUCUUAAAUUAUUUAUCGUUAUGGGAAUAAAUUGGUCAAUGGAAAUAAUAUCAUGGAUGGAAAAGGGUAAAGAAUAUCUUGGAACAUUGUAUUUUAUAUUUGACCUUGCAAAUGCACUACAAGGUGUUAUAAUAUUUAUAAUAUUCGUAUGGAAAGAUAAAAUUAAAAGAUCAUUGUUGAAAAAAAUUGGAUGGAAUGAUAAGCUUAAUUCACAAUCACAUACUUCAACGAGAAAUCACAGUUCAUCAUCAAGAACAACAACAACAAUGCUACCAUUACAAGAUAAAACAAUAAAAAUUAAUAAUAAUAAAGAACAAUUAAAUUGCUUGACAACUGAUGAAAGUGAUUGUCUUUAAGCUAAUUAUUAAAUGUUUAAUUUUAUUUGUCGUUAAUAUUAUUCAAAAAUAUAAUUAAUAUUCAUUGUGUUUUAAUUUAAACAUCAGAGCUUUACAAACAUACAAUUACAAUCAAUAAAAAAAAAUAAUCAAUGAGAUAUUUAAAGAGGCUGAAAUAAUAUUAUAUAUCUAUCAUUUUUUUUUUUUUAUUUACAACAGUAAUUAAACAUUUUUUUUAAUUGAAAAAAUAGUUUUUUAAAUAGUUUUUAUUGUUAUUUUUAAAUGUAACUAUUAAUAAUGUAUGUGGAGUAUAAAUUAAUCCUAUAAAUUAAUAAUUAAUAGGAGUAUAAUUGUAAUAUUUAAAGAUGAUUGUUUAAAAAGUAUUUAAAUUAAAUCGAAAAUCAAAUUGAUGAAUUUAAAAAUAACCAAAAAUACCAAAUAUUUUUAUUAUAAAUAAAUAAAAUUUUAAGCCUUAUCAAUAUUUAUGUAUGUCUAAUUAAUAAUUAUUAAAUAAUAAAUGUACUUGCAAUUUUAUUUUCUGGUUUUAUUAAA